GACAUGUUUAAUCAGAACGGCUAGACACCAAUGGGAAUGUGGAAUGAAUGAUUUUGAUUGGUCAGUAUAAUCAGGGAAGAGGACAAAUGUUGACUUUGAGUUAAGCUGAGUUUCUGGUGCAUGGGCUGCAUGGAUCUGUGUGGGUUCAGGACUGAAGAUGAAGAUUGAUAUCCAUAACCAUAUUUUGCCCAAGGAAUGGCCUAAUCUAAAAGAGAGAUAUGGAUAUGAUGGAUUUGUCCAGCUCCACCACCACUGUAAGGGAGAAGCCGAAAUGAUAAAGGAAGGGAAAGUGUUCCGUGUUGUUCAGGAGAACUGCUGGGACGCCGAGGCUCGGAUACGAGACAUGGAUAAGCACGGGGUCACAAUGCAGGCCCUGUCUACUGUCCCUGUAAUGUUCAGCUACUGGGCAAAACCUCAGGACACCCUUGACCUUUGUGGAAUCCUUAAUGAUGACCUGGCAGCCACGGUGAGCCGAUACCCGAAACGCUUUGUAGGCCUCGGCACUCUUCCCAUGCAGGCUCCUGAGCUGGCUGUACAGGAAAUGAGGCGCUGUGUGCAGGAACUUGGUUUCCCGGGAGUGCAAAUUGGUUCACACAUCAACACCUGGGACCUCAACGCUCCUGAGCUUUAUCCUGUUUACGCUGCUGCUGAAGAGCUAAACUGUGCGUUGUUUGUACAUCCAUGGGAUAUGCAGACAGAUGGGAGAAUGGCAAAGUACUGGCUUCCAUGGCUAGUUGGUAUGCCUUCAGAAACUACAAUGGCUAUUUGCUCCAUGAUCUUUGGAGGUAUUUUUGAGAGAUUUCCAAAGCUAAAGGUCUGCUUUGCUCAUGGAGGUGGUGCUUUUCCUUAUACGGUUGGACGAAUCGAGCACGGCUUCAACGUCCGACCAGACCUGUGUGCUACAGACAAUAAGAACUAUCCACGUAAAUACUUAGGAUCGUUUUACACUGAUUCUCUGGUCCAUGACUCGCUUGCACUUCAGCUACUCGUUAAUGUCAUUGGGAAGGAUAAAGUGAUGUUAGGAACAGAUUACCCAUUUCCUCUUGGAGAACUGGAGCCUGGAACACUGAUAGAAUCGAUGUGUGAAUUUGACAGCACAAUAAAGGAUAAACUCCUGGCAGGAAAUGCUCUCGAAUUUUUGGGUCUUGAGAGGAAACAGUUUGAGUGACAUGCUGAUAAUUCAGCUGCCUUUCUCAUGGAGAAAGGACAUGGGGCCAGAAUCUAAAAGUAAAGGUGCUGCAGAUUAUUUAACGAUUUCUGGAGAGACAUUUUCCAUCAAAUAAAAUAUAUUUUGAAAAUUC